AUGUUGGAAUACCUGAGCUACAAGAAGUUCAAAAAGUACAAGACCGAGAAGGAGGCAGCAGAAGUCGAGCGCGAACACAACAACGGAUCGCCAGCACCCUCAUCAUCAGCAGGCAAGCUUCACCCAGAUUCGCGACCAUCGCCAACCCGACGCCAGACGAGCUCGCAGUCCGUCUCAACGACAGCAAGCGCAGCAACGGGAGGCGGGGGCCCCGCACCCCUCCUCAACCGCAAAGAUGAGGCCUUCUUUAGACGAAUCCUCGCCGACGCAAACGAUGUUGACUCGGACGACGAGAGCGUCCGGCCCGCGCUGCCCCCGCGCAGCAAGACGCCAGAGUACACCUGGGAAGACUCUGACGAGUCCCGGCGCACCGCCGCUACUGAAAAGCAGACGCCCAAGAAAGCCGCGACAGUAGCGGUAGACAUCAAAGACGCCGCCGCGUCGGGCGCUUCCAAAAUCCCCAGCAAAAUCGCCUUCCUCUUCAACAAAGCCAAGGGAACAGACAAGGACAAGCAACUCGCCCCAACAAAGGCAAACAUCCCACCCAAAGAAGCCGCCCGCGAAGAAGACGACCUCUCCCGCGUCCUAGACGACCUCAACCUCUCAGCGCGCAACAACAAAGCCGUGCCCCUCUCCGCAGAAUCCUCCGAGCUCGUCUCCAAAUUCACCCUCGUCCUAAAAGACCUCGUCAACGGCGUGCCCACCGCCGCGGACGACCUCAAGGCCCUCGUCGAGGACCGCGACGGCACCCUCGCAAAGACGUUUGACAAGCUCCCCAACAGCAUGAAGAAGCUCGUCACCCAGCUGCCGGACAAGUUCACCGCCAGCCUGGGGCCCGAGGUCCUCGCGGCCGCCGCGAAGGCCCAGGGCAUCAACCACGCGGAAUUCGCCGCCGAGGAAGGGAUCAAGGGCGCCGCGAAGAAGAUGUUCACGCCCGCUAGCUUCGCGGACCUCGUCACCAAACCGGGUGCCGUCGUGGGCAUGCUCAAGGCCAUCGUCAACGCGCUCAAGCUGCGCUGGCCGGCGUUUAUCGGCGCAAACGUCAUUUGGAGCGUUUCCAUAUUCCUCCUCCUCUUCGUCUUGUGGUACUGCCACAAGCGCGGCCGCGAAGAACGCAUCAAGCGCGAAAACGCGCCCGAGAUCAUCGACGGCACCGGCCGCAUCGAGGAACUCCCCGACGACCCGGCCCUCAUGGCGGGGCCCUCGCGCUCACGCACCGAGCCGGUGCGAUCAGAUCGCCCACGCAGCCAGCGGAGCGAACGCAGCCGGCGGAGCGGACGACACAGUUCCGGAAGGACGACGCCUCAGCGACGGGCGUCGCCUGGCCCCGAUUCCCCGAGACGAAGGUCGACGAGGAAGUAA